AUGACCGCUUGUGCCCUGCUGCUUGACUAUGUGCAAUGGCUUCUCGCGCUUCUUGAAGCCUCUCCCCCCUCGCCGAAAGCGAAUCUCCUCUUGCUCGACGUCGGCACGGGCGCGUCCGCAAUCUACGCUCUGCUGCUUGCGCGCAGUUCGCCGAAGGCGCACAUCUUCGCAACCGAUGUUGAUGCCUUUUCUCUAAAGAUCGCUCGCCGCAAUAUCGAGCAGAACGCUCUUCAAGACCGCAUCACGCUCAUCGACACGUCUCUUUCUGUUGACAUUCUGCCACAUCUGGAUGUCGAAAUUGACGCGAGCAUGUGCAAUCCGCCAUACUACGCUUCCAGGGCAGAGAUAGAAGAACUUGCGAGCAUUAAAGCUGAUCUGCCCACUGGCAUCUGCACUGGAGCAGACAGUGACAUGAUUACGACCGGUGGGGAGCUAGGUUUUGUCACUCGUAUGAUAGACGAGAGUGCAGCGAGGCCCAAUGCAAUCAGGUGGUGCACAACUCAGCUCGGCCGCCUGUCGAGCUUGGAACCACUCCUGAAAAGACUAGCACAUCAUCACAUUGACAACUAUGCUCUAUGCGAGUCUACGCAGAGUCGCACGAAGCGCUGGCUUCUCGCAUGGUCUCUACAGGGCGAUCGUUUGCCGGACACCAUAGCACGCAGUGCGAAUUUGGCCAGCAAGCACCUGCUGCCGCUGCCCAAUACGGUCGGUCGCGUCUGUCGAGCCGGCCUGAAACUGCCCACUGUCAGAGAUGCUUUGCUUGAGCAUUUGCUUGCACUAUCGCUUCAGGUCGAAUCCAGCGACAAUGCGAUACUUGUUGCUGCAUCGCAGCCCAGUUGGACAAGAGCAGCCCGGCGAGCAGCUGAGCGCAACGAAGCGCAACCGAGCGACGUUGUCAUCAUGCGCGUCCUGCUUGAGCUCGCGCAAAGAGGUGACGACGUCGUCGUGAGCUCCACCUGGCAGUAUGGACUCGAUCGACAGCUCUUUCAGUCGUUUUGCUCGCAUGUCUGGCGUCAAAUCGAUGUUAGCUGA